GCGUCACCGACCAUUUACUUGAGUGACUAUCUGCCCAAUAUGACUGACGUCGAAAUGAAACCAGCAGAAGAAAAGAAGGAGGACAAGAAAGACGAAAAGAAAGACAACAAAGCAGAGAAGAAGGAAGAGAUCAAACCAGUACCCCUUUCCCCAACUGCAGAAAUCAAGUUCAAUGUUACCCUCAUCGAGAAGGCAGUCUCUACUCUGGAACCACGAUUCACCCAUCGCGUUUUGCGCUCGUUGAUGACACUUCGCAAGCGCGUAACAGAUAAAGUAUUAUGCGAUGCUAUCGAGGAAAUCUAUCCAAAAGAUUCACCAGUAAAGGCAACCUUACUUGCCUGGAUUCCUGUUACCACUGUAGCAGAUAUUUCUAUGGACAUCGAUACCAGUGCAGCACCUCAGCCCCCGAAGCCCACCGUCGACCCUGUACAUGAAGCUGAGAUGUAUAUCCGUCUCCUCAUCAUUCACCAUCUCCAUACGUCUCCGAGCACGUAUGGUAAAUCGAUAGAGCUUUCUCUGGAAAGUGUAGAGAAGAUGCAAGCUCUUAACCGUCGAAGUAUGGAUCCCAUCGCAGCCAAAAUCUGGUUUGCAGUCGAGAGGUCGUAUGAGUUGGGUGGUGAGUUAGCGGAUGCUAGACCGUUGUUCCUUGCCGCUCAACGCACUGCAUCUCUGCGCCACGACGACGACACGCAAGCCUCUUUGAUCAAUCGGCUCCUGCGCAAUUACGUGCACUAUAACCUUUACGACCAAGCGGAUAAACUAGUCUCAAAAACGACAUUCCCAGUCUCUGCACCCAAUUCGCAGUAUGCCCGUUAUCACUAUUACCUUGGUCGGAUCAAAGUCGUGCAGUUGAACUACACUGCAGCCCACACUAACCUACAACAGGCAAUCAGACGUGCACCACCAGCGAAGACUGCUCCAGGCUUCUAUCAAGCAAUGCACAAAUUUUUCGUUCUAGUGGAACUCCUCAUGGGGGACAUUCCUGAUAGAAGCAUUUUUAGGCAUCCUGUGCUCGAGAAAGCCCUGAACGCAUAUUUCGAGAUUGUGAAAGCUGUCCGCACCGGAUCACUUUCGCAAUUCCAGUCCACGCUCAAUAAGCAUGCGUCUCAAUUUGAAGCUGAUAAAACGUACACCCUAAUUGUGCGUCUCCGACAAAACGUAAUCAAGACUGGGAUCCGACGACUGUCCUUGUCAUACUCCCGUAUAUCGCUUCGAGACAUUUGCUUGAAGCUCCACCUCGACUCCGAAGAGGAUGCCGAGUAUAUCGUUGGUAAAGCUAUACGAGAUGGAGUAAUUGAGGGCAGGAUCGUUCACCAACAGGGAUGGAUGGAAUGUGGCAGCCAAAAAGACGGAUACGGUCCCGAAGUUAGCGAAAUUUUCUCCAGGCGGAUUGGAUACUGCCUUGAACUGCAUAACCAAAGUGUGAAGGCUAUGCGCUAUCCACUUAACGCUCAUCGGAAGGAGCUAGCAGCUGCGGAGGGAGCUAGAGAGCGGGAGAAGGAAUUGGCUAAGGAAAUACAAGAGGGCGAUUUAGAUGAUGACGAUCCUGCUGGCCUGGGUGAAGGAUACUGAUUGCUGUCCUGUGAGAUACUUCUUCCAUAUUCUAGAAAGGUGAUCACCACAUGCUCCAAACUCCAUGGCGUCGAUGUAUUUUCAUGUAGAAAUUUGAAGACCAGCCUUCCUAAGAUUACUAUUUACUGAUGUCCGACUGUCACACUGCGUAUACUGACUAGUCUUCCUUU